UACCGGUCCGAUAUAUACAGCUGAGAGUCGCGUCUAUCAAACAAAGGUGAACAGUGAGGGAGGGAGGUGCGUUAUAUUUUACCAACCAUCCUAUCACCCUCCGUGGUCCUUUCAGUACACUUAAAAUACAUAAUAAAUAAAUUUUACUAAGAACUACCCACACUCUGUGAUUUCUAUGUACUGUGUGGAUAUAAUUUUGUUAAAAAGGUGAAAAACUUAUUUAACACAAAGACUGACGCGCUGGAUUUGAAGCCACGCUUAAAUCCCCAGGGUUCAAACCCCCUCCCCCUCGCGCAGUGAUCUAUCAACCCUUUAGGUCAAGUGAAACCACGACUGAAAUUAAAGUGGAACUCCCAAAAUGGAAUAAGAGUGCACUGACAGUGGCAUUAAUUGCCUAAAAUAUUCAGUGCUAAUGGCCAUACUUUGCAGGGAAGGGAUGAUCCACAGUAGCAGUAUGCCGAGCAAAACAGGAGCUCAGCAAGUACUUAAUACACAGCCAUGGCAUACAGGCGGUCAAACAACGACGCCGACGACAGAUUUCCAGCCCGACCGGCCGAUUGGUUACGGGGCAUUUGGGGUCGUCUGGUCGGUGACCGAUCCAAGGGAUGGAAAACGAGUGGCGCUUAAAAAACUACCAAAUGUGUUUCAGAGUCUUGUCAGUUCAAAAAGGGUGUUCAGAGAGCUAAAGAUGAUGAGGUUUUUCAAACAUGAAAACGUUCUUUCCUGUCUGGAUAUUCUUCAGCCUCCUCACCUGGACUUCUUUACAGAGAUCUACUUGAUUACAGAACUCAUGCAGAGUGACCUUCAUAAGAUCAUUGUCAGCCCACAACAGUUGUCAGCGGAUCAUAUUAAGGUAUUUUUGUACCAAAUUCUUCGUGGAGUGAAGUACCUACACUCGGCUAAGAUUAUACAUCGAGAUAUAAAGCCGGGUAAUCUUCUCGUCAAUAGCAACUGUGUCCUCAAAAUAUGCGAUUACGGGUUAGCGAGGGUUGAAGAGAGGGACCCUAGCAGAGCUAUGACACAGGAGGUGGUUACUCAGUACUAUCGGCCUCCAGAGAUACUUCUAGGUGCACGACAUUAUACAAACUCAGUCGAUAUCUGGUCCGUCGGCUGUAUUUUCGGCGAAUUGGUCGGCCGACGAAUUCUAUUUCAGGCCUCGAGUCCUAUUCAGCAGUUGGAUUUGAUAACUGACCUUUUGGGCACUCCUACGUUGGCUGACCUGAAGUACGCCUGCGACGCCGCGAAGCGGCACAUGCUCAACCGCGGCGUGAAACCUCCCUCGGUUUCUGCCCUGUACUCCAUGGGGCAGUGGGCGACACACGAAGCGAUCCAUUUAAUGUGUCAGAUGCUUACAAUGGAUCCAGAUAAAAGGAUCAGUGUAACCGAGGCGCUCAACCACCCAUACCUAGACGAGGGUAGGCUAAGAUACCAUUCCUGUAUGUGCGCAUGCUGUCACUCAACCUCCUCUGGUAUGCGCCAGUACACACGUGACUUCGAGCCAAUAUCGGAGGAACCCUUCGAUGAUGCCUGGGAGCUGGAGCUGACCAGCGUGAAUAAAGUUAAACACAAGCUUCACAAGUUCAUCCACGACCAGUUAAACUCCAACCGGGUCCCACUCUGUAUCAAUCCAUCCUCUGCUGCAUUUAAAAGCUUCGCCAGUUCAACCGUCGCCCAUCCCUCCGAACUUCCACCCUCACCACAUCACUGGGAGUAAAUAGACCAACCCUUCUUCACCCAUUAUCUGGACCAUGAUGGGAAUAAAAAAUCCCCCAGAGAACAAUGGAAUUAACUAGUGUUAAAUAAUACUUGGAAGUUCAAAACUUUUACCAACAUCUAGGUGUUGAUUAAUAUAUUAACGUACUAUGAAAAGUUGACUAGUUGAGUAGUCUACCUACUCAUACCAAUUUAACCAAAAAAUAAAAUUCAUCCAGAAUAAUGAACUCCAUCAAUACAGACAAUAGAAAUGGAUAUAUCCAGCCCUCUAUCUCGCCUUCUCCUGGCUCCAUCUAAUUUUCUCCUACCCUUGCCACCUUCUCUAAAUUGUUUUCUUCUUCAAACCUCCCAAACAACUUGUAUCAAGUCUUGGAGUAGGAGGCUUUGUAUUCACGAGUAAAGCUCAAGAUUAAAUCUCCUGCUGGAUAUUUCCCGUAGAAAAUAAGCUGAAAUCAACUCCUGGACUCCUCAACAAAAACCGUAAAACUCGUAUCUUUGGCUCUCAGAGGACCAAAAAGCUAUUCGUAAUUCAAAAAAAUCUUUUUAAGUAGACCUUAUAAACUCAAACAUCUGGCCUUUAUUCGCCUUCGUCGUCUUUUAAAAGAGAAUAGUUGUCGACGAUUUCAACUGUGGAAUCCUAGACUAAAACUAAGUCUGACCAAGCCAAAAAUAAGUCCCUAGACUAGUUUUUCCCAUUUGGCCUCUCUAUUUAUAUUUUUAAUCAUGUGAAAUUUGAAGAGAUUUGACAGUCUUGCAUAGGAUUAAUUCUUGAAUGCUUAAACAUUAAGAUAUUCAUUAUUUUUGUUACAUUAUGUUUAUUUAAACGCCGGGGAUGAUGAUAUGUAAAGUGUAACCCCCGCAAAGUUGAGACUAACCCCUGUACAUAUUGUAAUCUUAAUCAUCACCCGUGUUUGCGCAUGUGUGAAUUUUUAAAAGACCAAAAUGUAAAAAACGUAUAUUCAAUCUGAUAAUCGUUGCUCAUGGAGAUAUUGUAAAGCCCUCAAAAGCGCCCCCCUCUCCACCGCAUACUGUAAAUAGUGUACUCGUAUAUCUAGUAAUUAAUCCGUAUUGUAAAUUUUGUAAAUUCUAUCACAUUAUGUUAGAAAUUUUGGCACACACAGUUCCUAAAAAUUCUGUUAUUUUCUGACCUUUUUCUCCUCUCCUCUGCCUCUUUUAGCCAUAUUUUGAAGGGCAUUUUUUGCACAAAGACUGAAAUUAGUUUGAGGUAUUUUCUUAUAACAGCUUAACUCAAUUUUUCUUCUUAUUGUUUUUGAGGGUUUUUAUUCGCGCUAUCCUGUCUUUCGAUCUUUCGUUACACCCCUUAAUCCUAGCCAAUUUGUUUUGCAAGCGCAAUUUCUGACUUAAGAUUGGCGCGAAAACUCACUUUAUUAUUUUAGAAGGUUUAUUGAAAGAUCGAACUAGGAUGAUGGGUUGCAAUAUAUUUGUGUACUAGUUUUAUACUUUUAGUGGUAGAUAAAUUUAAUUGGGUCCUAUGUAAUUUAGUGAAGUAAAAAUUACGAAAUUAUUUCGUAUUAUAUCGUACUAAAUUCUCGUAGGUGACAACGAAUCAUUUAAUACGUAUGGAAAAUGAUUGAAAUAAAAUUGCAAGCAAGACUGUGUA